UCAUGGUGUUGAGUUCUGGAAAUCAUGAUGGUUGCCUAAUUGGGUUUAGGUUACGUAAAUGACACGUGCUGAUCGGCAUAAGUGUUUCUCCAUUGGGAGGCAGUGCAAGCUAUCUCCGAUAGGCUCCGCCCCAAUGAUGACAUGGACUGGGGAGCUCCCUCAAGCUCACCUUCAACGAUACACCACAGCUAUCGUCGCGGGUAUUCAUUCACUCGACACAGUACUGUGCACUUGCUUUGUCUUUUGAGUAGUAGCCUUUUGCGUUGCAUUGCGAAUCUCCAGCCAUCUUGCUUCGGACCAGCGCUUUUCGAGUGACUCAGCAUAGCAACAUCUCACGUCGUCCAUCAUGACAGGCAACAGCUUCAACAUCCAUGCGAAUGAAGACCAGACGAGCCGAGAGUACUUCCACCACUCUUCCGCUCAGCGCAUCAACACUGAUGCCGUCAUCGUCGAAGCUCUCCGCCGACAGUACCCCGAUCUUGAUAUCAUUGCUGUACCUCAAGGUACCCUUAAUCUGAUCGCUUAUGCUUCCGCAGGCUAUGCCAAAGCCACUCCCCUCGAUGAUACCUCAAAAGACCCUGUCUAUGGCGUUGCACUCAAAUGGCGCUCCUAUGCCCCGCCGGGCCGUCGACUAGACAAUGGCGCGGGCGCCAUAGUCGAACAGGUCCUGUUUGGGAAAUACUUAUACAAAUGGAAAGAUCAGGAAUUCAUACUGUACAUUGCCAAUGGUCGAGAUGGGUUUGCGUCGUAUCCGGAUAUCACUGUGCAUUAUAUUUUGACACGUGAUGGCCCCAAGGUGAAUGAAUUGAUCAAAGAGGCAACUGUUUGGGGCGUUGAGCUCCAUGAUGAGGUCUGGGUGUUCGACCAGGGCUGGUGGCAGAAAAGUCGUGAACUGUGGAAUUCGGUAGCGAAGAGUCAGUGGAGUGAUGUGAUCUUAGACGAAGGCAUGAAGAAAGCAAUCAUCUCAGACGUGGAGAACUUCUUCGACCACAAAGAGACUUAUGAGAAGCUCAGGGUGCCAUGGAAGCGAGGAAUUCUGUAUUACGGACCACCUGGAAAUGGCAAAACUAUCUCCAUCAAAGCGAUGAUGCAUUCACUUUACCAACGUGGUAAGAACGACAACAAACAGACCGUUCCCACAUUGUAUGUCAGGUCAUUGGCCUCUAUUGGAGGCCCUGAAUAUGCUCUUCGAAGUAUCUUUGCGAAGGCUAGAGAGACCGCCCCUUGUUACCUCGUAUUUGAAGACCUGGAUUCUGUGGUUGACGACCGUGUGCGCUCAUACUUCUUGAACGAAGUCGACGGCCUGAAGUCUAACGACGGUAUCUUGAUGGUCGGUUCCACGAACCAUCUGGACAGGCUGGAUCCCGGUAUUUCCAAGCGCCCGAGUCGAUUUGACCGGAAGUACUAUUUCCCUGACCCAAAUUACGAGCAACGAGUACAAUACGCCAAAUACUGGCAGGGGAAGCUAAAAGACAACGACGACAUCGAAUUUCCAGACGCUAUGUGUCCAGCCAUUGCAAAGAUUACGGACAAAUUCUCUUUUGCAUACAUGCAAGAGGCUUUUGUCGCAAGUCUUCUUGCGAUCGCCGUACGCAAAGAUGCCAGCGAUGCGGAAAUGUGGGCAGGUCCUCUUGACCCGCUCACUACUGUGAAUGCAGCUAUCCGAAUAUCGUCCUUGGAAGAUGUGAGCUCCGACCCGGACUUGGCGAAGCUUGAGCUCUGGCGCGAGAUACAGAAACAGGUACAUAUCUUAAGGGAAGAGAUGGACGAGAAGAGUGCAACCGUUACGCGAGGGAACCGAAGCGGUAGUAAGGAAUUACGCGAAGUAAAUGAUCCUAAGAUUGUCCAAACAACUCUCCCCUACCGGAAGUAAUAAGAGGAUGUGUGGUGGAUAUAAGGAUAUCAAGCAAAAGGGGGUGCAUCUAGAUUACUCGGCAAUCGUGAGUUUCGCAAUUGCGCUUUGGCUUGAAUAUCUGAAGUGUGACUGGUCACACGCAACGAUGAAUGCGCCCGGUUGGUUGAGAGGAUCCUGGAGUUUUAUGCAAUUAUCUCAUAGCGAAUAACCGAGUUCUUACCAUGAAGUGCAUACUGCUCCUAAGCCCAAUAGGAGGUCAAAGUCAAUUCCCAUUGCUUGUUUGAACCUCUGAACUUGUGCAUUGGUCUCACACGGGUAC